UCUUUUGCGAGCACGCAAGUUAGUGACAAUCCUGACGCUUCUAAUUUCAUUGAACACUUAAAGUCAAAAAGUUUCCUCGCCUAUAAUCAAAAAUUCUAUGAUAUUAUUGGAAAGAAUCCUAAAUUGGAAGAGAUUGCUAGUGCCGAUUAUUCCUUCGCACAUGAAGGUGGUGCAUAUAUAGCAGAACUUAAUGAAUUAUUUUUCUCUUCAAAUCGCUUAGAUAACAACACAAUAAUAGAAAUAAAUAAGAUUAACCUUUCGACUAAAAAAGUAUCAACUGUCACUCCGAAAGACCCAAUCCUUUUCGCUAAUGGCAUGUGCUCCUAUAAGGGCAAAGUUAUUAUUUGCUCUCAAGGCGAAAAAGAUAUUGGUGGAUCGAUUGUUUCUCUUGAUCCCAUUUCCAAUAAAGUUACCACUAUAGUUGACAACUUUUUUGGUUUAAAAUUUAACAGUCCCAAUGACGUUAUCGUCUCUAAAGAUGGUUCUUAUUGGUUUACAGACCCAAGCUAUGGUUCUGAGCAAGAAUUUCGUGAUGCCCCACAACUUGGUAAUAACGUUUAUCGUUUUAAUCCUAAAACCGGAAAUAUUCGCGUAGUAGCAGAUGGUUUCAUUAAACCAAAUGGUAUAGCUUUUUCUCCGGAUGAGAAAACAUUAUACAUAACUGACACUGGAUUUUUUAAUGGUACCGGCGGGUUCGAUCCUAAGAGACCACAUGCUAUUUAUGCAUUCGACGUAGAUGGUAGCAUUCUAUCUAAUCGUAGAUUAAUUGCUGUGUCUGAUGUGGGCAUUCCUGAUGGCAUAAAGCUUGAUUAUGAAGGCAAUCUAUAUGUUGGAUGCGGUGAUGGUGUUCAGGUGUUUGAUAAAUCUGGUACGUUGCUUGGUAAGAUUGUCAUACCAAAAGGUGUUGCUAAUCUUGCUCUCGUCAAGUCUACAUUGAUUGCCUUUGCGGAAACUACCAUUUAUUCUGUGAAAUUGAAAGUAAAAG